AUGGCUUCGGCGGCGCUUCCUGCGUGGUCGCGGAUCAUGGUCGUCCUGGUGGUGGCGUUGGCCGUCGGCGCCCGGCUGCCGCCGCGCUGUCGCGCCGAGUUCACGGUGGUGGUGCCGGACACGUCGGCCGCGGCGCUGGUGGACGCGCCGCAGACGGGGUUCUCGGACCGGGCGCGCACCGACCCGGCCGAGCAGCGCGCCGUGCAGGAGGUGAUGGCGGCCACGGGCAACGGCUGGGCGUGGGGCAUCCCGGACGUUUGCCGCGGCCGCUGGCACGGCAUCGAGUGCGUGCCCGACCGCCACGACGUCUACCACGUCGUCUCCCUCGCCUUCGGCGCGCUCUCCGACGACACGGCGUUCCCGGCCUGCGACGCCGCGGCCGCCACGCUCUCGCCCGCCGUGCUCGCGCUCCCGCACCUCCGCUCGCUCUUCUUCUACCGCUGCUUCACGGGCAACCCGCAGCCGAUCGCGGGCUUGCUCGGCCGCCUCGGCCCCGCGUUCCGGUCCCUCGUGCUCCGCCAGAACGGACACGUCGGCCCCAUCCCCGCCGAGCUCGGGAACCUCAAGGCGCUCCGCGUGCUCGACCUCCACGGCAACCAACUCACCUCCGCCAUCCCCGCCACCCUCCAGUCCCUGAGCCACCUCCAGAUGCUCGACCUCAGCUACAACCGCCUCGCCGGCCCGGUGCCGCAGUUCAAGAUCCAGCGCCUCAGCAUCCUGGACCUUAGCCACAACGCGCUCCAGGGUCCGGUGCCGGCGAGCCUCGGCCAAUGCCGGUCUCUGCUGAAGAUUGACCUCAGCCAGAACGGCCUCGCGGGCACGAUACCAGACACGCUCGGCGACCUGUCCGAGCUCAUGCUGCUGGACCUCAGCCACAACGCGCUGUCCGGCCCGAUCCCGGCCGCGCUCAGCAGGCUGUCGUCGCUGCGGUCGCUGAUCCUCAGCGACAACCGGAUGCAGUUCACGACGGUGCCCGGUGGCUUCUUCUCCGGCCUCAAGGCGCUGACCACGCUGGUACUCUCCGGAAUGGGCCUGGCCGGCACGAUCCCGGAGUCCAUCGGGGAGCUGAGGGAGCUCCGGGUGCUGCUGCUCGACAGCAACCAGUUCACCGGCGUGAUACCGGCGACCUUCCGGCGGCUGGAGAGGGCGAGCGAGCUCCGCGUCGACGGCAACAGGCUGGUGGGGCCGAUACCGUUCGGCAAGGAGAUGAUGUGGAGGCUGGGCAAGAAGCUCCGCGUCGGCGGCAACGAAGGGCUGUGCUACGACACCAAGCAGGAAGGCCUCGAGGGCGUCGUUGCGCUUGCCGGCGUCGCGGACUGUGACAGCGUGAGGAGCCGCACGACGCAGCACCUGGUCUGGAUCAAUGGCACUGUCGGUGGCCGCCCCGGCGCCGUGGCCACAUCGGCUGCUUCCGGCAGCCGUGACCCCGUUGCGGCUCGUGUUGGGAGUUGGCUCGUGCUCGUGUCGCUGCACCUUGCACGGUCCGCAGCCUUCCUGUUGUAG